ACGAUAAGAAAAAAAGGUAAGUUGAGAUAAUAAAGUCAUUUGGUCAUACACUAUAAUUGUACUAAAAUUGUUCGUUUUUUGUCAAAAGCUUGUGAGGCUGCUUCAAGUUUUAAAAAUUGAGUAAAAGUGACCUACCAUUUUUUCCACUUACCUCAUCCCCUCUAUCACUCUAGAAAACCCAAUCUUCUCUCUCUAUAGCUACACGUGUGUGUAUAUAUAUUAUCUGCAUACAUUUAUACUUCAUUAACUAUUUGUAUCCAUUUUCCCCCAUUUGCCUGGAAUUUUCAUGUAAUAAACCCUAGCUAGCUUCUACUAGCUGGUUCUUCUUGCUGCUGAUUCUAAAUCAAUUUUGACUAGUGGAGGUGAACUUUGUAUUUGGGCCUUUACUUUUGGGUAAUUUGAAGUGGCAUUUAGAAAAAAAGGGUUUUCUUGUUUCAAAAUAAGAUUAUUGGAGGUCAAGCUCUCAUGAGAAUUUUUAGGGGAAUGCAGAAAUUAGUUCGUGAGUAUAAGACAAAAGUGAGCUGCUGGGACAAAUCGUUCAGUCAAGGUAUUGGUGUGACCGCCCCAAAGGCCAGGAAGCGAGACAAAUUCAAAGGAAGGGCUUUAUUUCUCUAACUUCAGGUGAAGGAAAACAUAUCUGUGCUAUAAGUCCCUGCUUGAAGAAAUCUGCACCAAAUGACUCGGAUACUGGUUCAGCGUGGUUCCGCUGGAGCUUCAUCGUCUUCAUCCUCAAAUCAGAACAGGUCAUUAACCUCUCUCCCUGGUUCGUCUUCUUCUUCAGCUCCAACCCAGCCACAGGCGUCUAGUAGUAGUCAGGUAUUAUCUGCUGUGAGAGAUGAUGAUGAAUCCGUGGAAGAAAUAGAAGAACAAGGUGCUUUAGAAGAUCCCUCUGUUGGUUCUUCAAACUAUAAGGGUGUUAAAGGUGAUGAUGAAUCGGUGGAAAUUUUGGGCAGCGAACAUAGCACCAGUGAGGAAAAGAUUGCUGACAAUGAGAAGAGAGAUGGUGGUUUUGACAGUGAGGACUUGACAAGGGAAUUUGAUGCUUUAGGAGUCGUGCAAGAGGAAAAUGAGGAAAGUUCAGUUCAGAGGGUCACACGUAGUUCAUGUCCACCUCCACCUCCUGUCCCACCCCCAAAACUUGUUUCACUAAACUCAAGUCCUAGAAGAUUUCUGUCUGGAAGUUCACAUUCUAGCCGGUUAGCAUCAUCUAGGGGAACGGCUGGUCGAUCUACUGUCUCAACUAGGACUUCACCUGCUGGAUCCAGGCCAUCCUCUCCACGGUCACACUGUGAAAGUGAAGGUUAUAAUAGUGCUGAUGAGCAGAGCCCUAAAUUUGGAUCCUCAUAUGAUGAUGGGGAGAGAGAGCGACAGUUUGAGAUGGAUUUAAGACGAGUGAAAGGCUUAGAAGUUAAGAAAAUGUUGGAAGAUGGGAAUUGCCUUUUCCGUGCUGUUGCUGACCAAGUGUAUGGUGAUUCUGAAGCUUAUGAUUCGGUCAGGCAGAUGUGCAUUGACUACAUGGAGCGGGAAAGAGACCACUUCUCUCAGUUUAUAACAGAAGGUUUCACUUCCUACUGCAAGAGAAAAAGGAGAGACAAGGUUUACGGCAACAAUGUGGAGAUUCAAGCUUUAUCUGAAAUGUAUAAUCGCCCUAUUCAUAUAUAUUCUUAUAGAACAGAACCAAUCAAUACAUUCCAUGGAAGUUAUAAUACAGACAGCCCUCCUGUUCGACUCAGUUAUCAUCACGGAAAUCAUUACAACUCCCUUGUUGAUCCACGUCGACAGACAAUUGGUGCUGGCCUUGGGUUUAGCAGUCUACAAGGGAGGAACGUUGAUAAGGAUCAGGUCAAAGCAGCGAUAAAAGCUCAACAGGAUCAGCAAAUUGAUAAUGCACUUCUGGCUGAAGGACGCUUUUAUUCAGAUCUCGAGCUCACUGAAAAGGAGAUUGAACGCAUGGUAAUGGAAGCUUCCAGGGCCGAGUAUGUUGCCAACGACAAGUUCAGACAGCAGCUUGGUUGUCGAGAAUCUUCCACUUCUAACGCUGAACCAUCAUCAUCGGGAGCUAGGUCAUCGGGUAGUGAUACUCGUCAAGAAGGCAAUCAAGAGGUCCUUAGUGAUUGCAUCCAGAUUAUGCUGUCGAUGGGAUUUAGCUAUGCACGAGUAAUAGAGGCUUAUAGCAUAUUCGGGGACGAUGUGGAUUCCAUGGUAUGUUAUCUCAUCGAAACCAGCAAUACCAGCAGACGCAAAGGAAAAGCAACUGAAUGAUUUGCUAUGAGAUAGUAGUUUAUCUAGUACUAGAAUAACUGUAUCUUGUCUCUGAAACCUCGAACGCAUUAUUUUCAGCGUUAGAUCUACAACUGGUGUGUUUCGGGUUAGCGUUAGAGCUUGAUUUUCUUCCUUCUCUGCUUCUACUUCUGGUAGUAGGUACUGUUGAGUAUUUGCAUCUUCGAAUAAUGAGAGUUCAGCAUAUAGUGUUCUAUAGACAAUAGGUUCGGGGCUACUUGCUACUUUGUAAUUGAAUUUACCAAGACUGUUCUAGUUAUUACCAUUUAUUUCGCGUAUGCUAUCAGAGUGAUACGCGUAGAAA